AUGGAAAAGGACUUCGGAUCCUUGUUUCCGCGCAUACAUCCUGAUCGGCAAUCACCCUACUUGAAUUCCUUCAGUUCUGCAUUCAACUUGGAGCAGCAAAGUACUGUCCGUGCUUAUAUGAACCCAUUGGGUAAUACGGCUUCUGCUAACGGGACAUCACCCGAAUUUCUGUUUUCUGAGUUGCCUCAUCUUAAGGCAAGCCUGCCGAAUGAACCUCAUGGGUGGUCCUACUGCUUGCCUCGUUUCAAGCAAGCUUUUGCUCCUGCACUGAACUCUGUUCCUAAGGAGCAAUUUCCUGCUAAUCUGAAUGAAAACUGUAAAUGGGGUGGAGCUCCUGAUGUGGGUUUUGGAUGUCCUCAGAAGACAUUCCUUGUGUUUGAUCAGACUGGUGAUCAAACAACCUUGAUGUUCAGUUCUGGGAUUGGGACUCCUGUCCCAUGUCUGACUUCUUGUAGCCCCAAACCCCCUGGUGCAUAUGAAUCAAAUACCAAAGAUCCAGGAACAAAAAGGGUUACUACAUCUCCCUAUGGGGCAUUUAUGAUUGAUGAAUAUGAUGAAGAAAAUCAUGGAGAUGAUUUGGGAAGUGAGAUGCAGGAAGACUCGGAGGAACUUGAUGCUUUGCUUUAUUCUGAUGAUGACAAUUAUUAUUCAGAGGAUGAUGAAGAAACAAGCACAGGUCAUUCACCUAGUACAAUGACAGCUUGUGGUAAGCAAGAAUUGUUCAAGGAAAUUGAUGAAGAAGUUGCUAGUUCUGCUGGGCCAGCAAAAAGGCAGAAACUCUUAGAUGGAAGCUAUGAUUUUCUUCCCCUCAUGGACACUGCAAGCUCUGCGAAACACAAUAGAUGCUUUGACAAUGAGGAUGAUGCAGAAUCUUGUUCUGGAGAUGGAAAAGAGCAAGAUCUAGUUUUGGGAAACCCGGAUUCCUUGUCUGGUAACAAGAGAUCAACAAAAGAGAAAAUACAAGAGACUAUAAGCAUUCUGCAGGCUAUAAUUCCCAGUGGGAAGGGAAAGGAUGCAAUUGUUGUUCUUGAUGGAGCUAUUAAUUACUUGAGAUCCUUGAAGCUAAAAGCCGAGGCUUUAGGGCUUGAUACUUUCUGA